GUAGCCAGUGGUAGAAGUUGAUUCCAGCUUUUUCUCUCUCGAUCUCUCUCUCUCUCUCUUCCCCCCUCGUCAACACCACCAAUACCACCACCACCACCGCUGCUGUUCACUAAACUAAAACUAACGAGAUUUGCCUGUGUGAGAAAAAUAAGGCUUGUGUGGUUUGGUGGUGGUUCAUAUAUUUAUUUUUUUUUAUUUUGUUUUUUUUUUCUUCAUACUGGGACAGAUCUGGUGACAAGAGAGAUACGCACUCACAUACACAUACACGCUCCUCUUCUAACACUCAUUCUCUGUGUGUCUCUCUCUCUCUGUCACACACUCACACACAUACAUAUUACAGUCAGCCAGUGUUCUCUCUCUCUCUCUCUCUAGAACCGAGCCUCCAGUUGCUGUCUGUACACAACAGCGCCUCUGGUGGCACUAGUUCGCCCGCCCGUAUAUCGGGCACCUGUCAAUGACUACACCACCAAUAUUAGCGUUAUCACAACUGGAAUUUACGAUGAUUGGAACGGCAUCAUCAUCGCCGCCGCCACCUGCACCACCACGCCGGAUUUAUUGACACCCUCCCCCCACACAAAUAUAUAUAUAUAUAUAUAUACAUACAAAAUAUAUAUAAAUUCUUGGAACAAGAAAUUGUUGUACACCCCACCCAUCUCGCAACGGUCCUGAGAUGUAUUUAUGCUGGUAUCCGACUUACAACCAAGCUCCACUACAUGUACCUCCUGUACACCCUCUGCCCACCCUUCCAGCCCCGGGUCCACCACCACCACCCAGUGAGAUAAUAUUACCAUUACAGUUUGCCACUGAACAAAUUUUCCCUGUCAGUAGGAAGAGAGGAUCGGAAGAACUUAUGUCCCACAGCCCAAUGGUUACGAACGGGACCGGGAUGAGCCCCCACCACGUGGAUAGUGCAGAUAUGAACAAUGAUGCCAAAAAGGUAAAACUGGAGCAGAGCCAGGCAGCUACAGUGUCUAAAGUUGUUCAUCUGCGUGGUCUCCCAAUAGAGGCAUCUGACCAAGAUGUUAUUCCUCUUGGCAUACCUUUUGGCCGCAUAACCAAUUUUCUACUCCUGAAGCAAAAGAAUCAGGCUUUCAUGGAAUUCUCAGACGAGAGACAAGCAGAAUCAAUGGUGUUAUAUUACACAAACGACAAACCUAGAGUACGCAACAAAGAUGUCUAUGUCCAGUUUUCCAACCACAAGGAGUUGAAGAUAGACGUAGCACAUCCUUAUCAAAACACAAAUACUCAAGCAGCUUUGCAGGCUGCACAGGCCAUCAUGGGAAGUCCAGAGGAAAUGAACAAGACCAUUCUGAGAGUUAUUAUAGAUAACAUGGUGUUCCAAAUCAACAUAGACAUUCUGUAUCAGAUAUUUUGCAAAUUUGGGACGAUUCAGAAGAUUAUUACAUUCACAAAAAAUAAUACCUAUCAGGCCGUCAUACAGUUUAGCGACCCAGUCAGUGCAAGAAGUGCCCGAAUGACUUUGGAUGGUCAGAAUAUUUACAAUGGGUGCUGUACGAUGAGAAUUGAUUAUUCAAAAAUGACGAGUCUUAAUGUAAAGUACAAUAAUGAGAAGAGCCGAGACUACACCAAUCCCAGCCUCCCUGCUGGUGACGCUUCCGUGGAUCAGGCUUUGACUUUUGGUUCCCCUGGUGUGUUGUCGUCGACAAUUGCAGCUGUGCCUGGCCUAGGAACUGCCCCACUAACCACAUUUGGUGCCGCACCCGGAGCUACGCUGCUUUCUGACCCCAGUCAGCAGUAUAUUGGUGCUGAUAUGCAGAUCUGCACUUCUGCUCCCGGAGUGGGUCCGCCAGCUGUACCGAUGUCUGGCUUUGGUUUGACUGCUGCAGGUAUGGGUGCUGCACGGCUCAGUAUGCCCUUACAAUCUCAAGCUGGUAACUGUGUGCUCUUGGUUUCCAAUCUGGAUGAAGAGAUGGUCACGCCCGACGUUCUUUUUACCCUUUUUGGUGUGUACGGUGAUGUGCAACGCGUGAAAAUCCUUUUCAACAAGAAGGAUAAUGCACUGGUACAAAUGGCGGAGCCUCACCAUGCUCAAUUAGCCAAAACUUACCUGGAUAAGCUGACUUUGUAUGGCAAACAGAUCAGGGUGGCUCCCUCCAAACACACAGUGGUCCAGAUGCCCAAGGAAGGCCAGCAGGAUUCCGGCUUAACAAGAGACUACACAAAUUCCCCACUCCACAGAUUCAAGCGACCUGGCUCAAAGAACUGUCAGAAUAUAUUCCCCCCCUCAGCAGUUUUGCAUUUAUCUAACAUUCCAUCUAAUGUUCCUGAAGAACAGCUCAAAGAUAUGUUUGCUGAAUAUGGCACUGUAAAAGGGUUCAAAUUCUUUCCGAAAGACAGGAAAAUGGCCCUCAUCCAAAUGGGAUCCAUUGAAGAAGCUGUGAAAGCUCUUAUUUGCCUCCACAACUAUCCUUUGAGUGAAAGCAAUCAUUUGCGUGUUUCAUUUUCCAAGUCAACAAUUUGAAGCUAUGAGGGUGUUGUUGCGAGCGGCAGAUGGAGCAGUGGUGCCAUCACCCAGCAGCUGUUGAGCCCAGUAUUGUGCCACUGCACUACAGCAGAAACAUGACCAAGAAGAGCCACCAGGAGCAGCACUUGCAAACAAACACAUUUGCCAGUGCUCUACACACACACACACACACAUACACGUACACACACACGCCAUUUUCAUACCACAGACCUGUCCUCUCAUUUGUUUGCUUGCUCACUUAAAAGUUUUCCACUUUGCUGUGAAAUUAAUCUAGCUGAUAAGUGCCUUGUUGAAUCCAAGGAUUUGCCCCCUCCCCUCCAAAAAGAAAAUAUUAUAAACAAGAGAAGAAAAAAAAAAUAUUCAUCAAUUCUUAAGCUACAGAAAAAUCAUAAAAGAUUUCCCCCCUCCCCUCUCUCCCCCCUGACCUUUCCUAUGUGAAAAAUUCCAUUUGUGACCGCUGGUAUGGGAUAAUGACCACCACUAAAGACAGGAAUAUUGGGCAAACAGAUGAAAAAUAAAAGGAAAAAAAUAUAAUUUUCAUUCAAAGGUGGGUGGGGGGGUGAAAAUGAUUUUUGUCUUUUUUUCUUUCCCCUCACUAUUUUUUAUUUUAUUUUUUUAUCUUCCUGGGAUUUUUUAAUUUGUUCCUUUUUUUUCCCCCCCAUAAAAAUAUAUAAAAAUCUUAAAUUAUCUUUACACUUAGUGUUUGCGGCACACAAAGCUAAGAAUGGUGAACUGGCUGUUUUGGGUGAGCGGCGCCCUGCUGUCUCUAAUUUCCCUUUCUCCCUCCCUCCCUCCCACUGCUGAUGGCACCUCCCCCCCCAACUCCUUGUGACACUUGAACUUUUCUUUUGUCUUUUUUUUCUCUCAAUUCUUCCUUUCACACAACACUCGGAAAAAAAAAAAAAAACUUUCAGAAAAAAAACAACAAACAAAACUUACAGGACCUAUUCUGGUGUUCAUCCCAUUAUUAAUCCUCAAAAGUCUUAAAAUAUAUUUUAAUAAAAAGAUGUCAACCAGCCAA